AUGCCAGUAUAGGCUGACCGGUUGAUCACGUUGUACGUGGGAGUGCUAAUAAGUUAUGGCCCAAAUCCAUUGGGAAAACCAAAGUAAGCCGGGUCUUGGUUCGAGUCCCAUUUGGGGCAGAAGUUUUGUCCAUAACUCGCCAAUCUUGUGACAAUCGUUUUACUGACGUUAUUCCUGCUUGUGACACCGUCAUUGGCAUGUUUCCCCGGAUUAUUCGGUGGAGGAGGUGGUGGUGGCUGUUGUCCACCGCCCUGUAUGAUGCCAUGUAUGCCAAUGGGUGGUGGCGGACCAAUUCGGUGGAGGAGGUAUGGGUGGUGGAGGCGGUUAUGCAUUGCCACCAAUGGGAGGAGGCGGCGGUUAUGCAGCUCCACCGCCACCUCCACCAAUGCCAGUAUAUGGAGGCGGUGGAGGAGCAUAUCCUGUUGGCAAAUAGGACAAUUUUUUGCACUUCCUCUGAUUUUCAUUUUCUGUAUAUAUAUGUAGACAGGAAAAUAAAUUGUUUUAAUUAA